AAGUUUCAAACGGAAAAAAAUUAUACCAGCAUAUCCGGACCUUUUAAAACUACACAACAUGAUGCCGUUAAAAAUAGUGAUUGACGGAAAUAUUGGUGCAGGGACAACCGAACAAGUAAAAGCAGUAGUGGAAAAAAUGCAUCAGUUUGGCCUGGCAAUAACAACUUUUAUAGAACAACCGAAAAACUGGGAACCAAUACUAAACGACUUUUAUCAAAAUCGCGAAUAUGGAAUAAAUAAAAUCAUUGAGGAAGCAGCUGAUGUUUAUUGA